CUCUCUCGCCUCCGCCGCCCGUGGAAGGAGGGAAGGUGGGCGACGCCGAGCGGCUUCUCCGGGACAGAGGUCCAGUCCCUCUCGGCGGGAGACAGGCGCCCGUUCUGCUUCGCGGCCGCCGGUUGCUUCGGACGCCGCUCCGCGCCUCCCCGGGAACUGCCCCGGCUCGGGGUCGCGAUGGAGCCCACGGCCGCCACCACGCUCACGGGGCGCUCGCGGCCCCUGUUGCUGCCGUUUCUCCUGCGGCUGCUGCGCGGGAUCGCGGCGGCGCCGGCCGGGUGGGUCGUGGGCGCGCCGCGCGGCGGAGCGGAGACAGACGCUCUCUUGCUUUCCUACAAUUUCUCCAUCACACCUCAGGCCAGGCCCGGACAACCGUGGUGUGAGAUUCAAGGCCAGGUCAAUGGAAACGAGUUUCUUCAUUAUGCCUGUGGGAGCAGGCGGGUCAGACCCUUUGGUCCUUGGGGGAUGAAGCUGAAGGACACAGCAUUUUGGAACACACAGAUGGAAACUCUGGAAGACCUGGGGGAAGAGCUCAGAAAGAAACUGCUGGACAUCAAAGCAGAGAAUUUCACUGAGAGCAGUUCUGUCACCCUGCAGGGCUGGCUCAUGUGUGAGCGUGGGGCCGACGGACACACCAGAGGAUCCUGGAGGUUUGUCUUCAAUGAGCAGUUAACCUGCCUCUUUGACCCGGAGAAAAGAAAGUGGAUACAGUUUCCUCCUGGAGGCCAACAGGUUAAGGACAUGUUGGACAGUGACAGAGAGCUGACCGAGCUCCUCGUGAAGAUCGCAAAUGGAGACUGUAAGAGAUGGCUCCAGAAACUGCGGGAGCACAGCCAUGAGACGCAGGAGACCACAGGAGCACCGGCCACAACCCUGCAUGGACCUCUGGUCAAAAGCGCAGCCGUCAGACCGAUCACUUCCGUCCUCCUUGUGGUCCUCACGCACUUAGUCCUCCUUGUUGUCCAAGGCAUAGUCCUUUGAGUAACAGAGGCUGAAGUUGCUAAGGAAGGCCUGAGGAUCUGCUCUCCUGCACCCGCUCUCCCUUCUGAUGAGUGGCUUCUACCUGCUGUCCAUGUCCACCGAUGGGACCUUCGAUCCCUAUGGCGAAGGCAGAAUCCUCCA